AUGAGUAUCUACGUCCUACCCAUCUCAGAACCUCAAAUAAGACGACUUUAUUUCCGAAACCUAUCAACAACGGACGUUGUGGUCAAGCUGGUGAGCACGAAGCCUCAUGUUCUCGAGCUGGCUAGGAAUCGCCUACGUCUAGAACCUGAUUCGUACCUUUUCAUCGAAGCCAAAUUCUCGUAUGCAAAUCUCGGCAUUUGUGAUGUCGGUCCCACGAAACUAAUCGGAUAUGCGAUGCCUGUGUAUUCUCAUACUUUGCCUGCGAUUAGUAAGUGGUUCGAUACCGAUGGAUCGGAGACGAAUAAACAGCUUGCGUUUGAAAUGCAAGUCAUCUUCAGUAACAAUGUUUUCUCAGCUCGUGAUAUAAUAAUCGAUCUGCCUGGUACGGCUUGUCUGGUAGAUUCUGUUCCACGUUCGAUUCCAUCGUUGAAUGGCAAUUCACCUGUCGAUGAAGUUGAUGCAGAUACAAAAACUGCUGUGACGUUUACAAUGAAUAGGGAUAUUGUCUGCAAUCUUUGUAAUACUGAAGAACGUAAAGGGUAUUUUUGA